UGUUCUCUUUUGGCUGGCGGGGACGGCCAGCGCCUUACGCGCAGAAGAGCGGCGCCUCCCGGCAUGCCCUGCGCCCAUCUGUGCUCUCGCGCCGCAUGACGGGGAGGGCCGUCGUACCUCACGUGACCGCAACCCUCCCGCCCGUCUCUGCCCGCAUCACGUGACAGGGACUUCCGGGGGCUGCGGCGCGAGCGGGGCUCCUCGUUCGGCUGGGAGCGGAACCCGGAAGCGGCGGCGGCAUGGGGGAGUCGAUCCCGCUGGGUGCGCCCGUGCCGGUGGAGCAGGCGGUGCUGGAGACUUUCUUCUCCCACCUGGGCAUCUUCUCGUACGAUAAGGCCAAGGACAACGUGGAGAAGGAACGUGAGGCCAACAAGAGCGCGGGGGCCAGCUGGCUGGCCCUGCUGGCGGGGCUGGCGCACCUGGCCGCCGCCGAGAAGGCCUACCACAGCAUGACCUUCCUGGGCCAGAAGCUAGGUGGUCAGUCAUUCUUCAGCCGAAAGGACUCCAUCCGAACCAUCUACACAUCUCUGCAUAAUGAGCUGAAGAAGGUGGUGGCGACGGGUCGCAAUGCACUAGGAGGAACAGCUCCUCACUUGGAAGAGCUGCUUUCUCACCUGUCUGAACAGCUCUGUUUUUUUGUUCAGGCUCGGAUGGAAAUUGCUGACUUCUAUGAAAAAAUGUACACGCUCAGCACCCAAAAGUUCAUUAACUCUGAGGAACUGGUAAACAUUUUGGAAUCCAUCUUAAAGAAAUAUAGCUCAAGAUUUCAUCAUCCAAUCCUCAGUCCUCUUGAAAGCAGUUUCCAGCUGGAAGUAGAUGUGCUUGCGCAUCUCUUAAAGGCUCAGGCUCAGAUCUCAGAGUGGAAAUUCCUUCCAUCCCUGGUCAACUUGCACAGCGCUCACACAAAGCUACAGACUUGGGGCCAGAUAUUUGAAAAACAACGAGAGACCAAGAAGCAUCUGUUUGGGGGGCAGUCUCAGAAAGCUGUACAACCUCCUCACCUCUUCCUCUGGCUGGUGAAACUCAAAAACAUUCUCCUUGCCAAGUUUAGCUUUUACUUUCACGAGGCCCUUAGCCGACAAACGACCGCGUCUGAAAUGAAAACUCUGACUGCUAAAACAAAUCCUGAUUACUUUGGGAAAAUCUCCAGUUUUAUUCGGAAAUAUGAUGCUGUCAAUGUUUCCUUAAUCUUUGACAAUCGUGGGUCGGAGAGCUUUCAAGGACAUGGUUAUCAUCAUCCCCACUCUUACAGGGAAGCUCCCAAAGGAGUGGAUCAGUAUCCUGCAGUGGUGUCUCUGCCCAAUGACAGGCCUGUUAUGCACUGGCCCAACGUAAUCAUGAUUAUGACUGACAGAACCUCUGACCUGAACAGUUUGGAGAAAGUUGUUCACUUCUACGAUGACAAAGUCCAAAGCACAUAUUUUCUGACUCGCCCUGAACCUCAUUUCACCAUUGUAGUUAUUUUUGAGUCCAAGAAGUCAGAAAGGGAUUCUCACUUUAUUUCUUUUCUCAAUGAAAUUUCACAUUCCCUUAAGAAUUCCAAAGCUUUUGCAAGUUUGAAGCCUGGAUCCAAAGGGUAAAAUACGUAACACAAAUUGUCAAGGCAGACUGCCAGCCUUGGAGUAACUGCGGCUUCCAGGAUUACAUAAACUCAUGAUUAUCAUCAUCUAAUUAAAAAGGAACCAUUAUUUUUAAUGAUAUAAGUUCAAUUAAAAAACAAAAAACAAAAAACAGCUAACUGACUCUUGGGGGAAAAAAAUAUUUUUGGCAGUAUUCAGUGGGAUAACUUAACUGUGGGGUGGUAAAUGGCAGCAGUGAGAGCUUUUUUGUGUGUGUGUGUGUGUGUGUGGUUUUCAAUUUGCAGUAUGAUUUAUUUUUUCAGUCCACAACUUAGUUGCCUGUAUAACAAAGGAAUAUAUGCACUUUAUUAUAGUCUGAUCUAUAGAGAUUACUGAAAAUGUGAUGAGGGUGGAAAAUGUGUAUUUUCAGAAAACCAAAAAACUGUCUGACAGGAAUUACUUCUGGGAACUGUACACUGAUGGAAGGGAAUAUUAAAAUGUGUGAAUCUGCAAGAGCACGUUUUAAAUAAAUAAGAUACAUGAAUCAC